AUCGUCUGGGUAACUGGAUAUUCCAAUUCUCACCGCCUAAAUCCACCUCGGUUCUAAGUUUCAUUUUUCUUCGUCGUUCGCGCCCUUUUUGAAUCGAAUUAAUAAUUAAUCGACGGACGGCAUUUACGUUUCGUCGUAAUUGUUACGUGUCGUUUAAAGUGUCUCGUCUAGUUCGUUGGCUAUUUAGUGUACUGUACUGUAUAUAUACCCCGUAUUUUAUAAAGGUUCUAGAGUGUACAUUAUUAUUCCAAUAACUGAGUAACUUGUUUAAUCCCGAUAUUUUUAAUCAUAUAAGAUACGUAUACCGUCUCCGAUAGAACAAUACGUACCGAUAUUGGGGAUAUUAAUAUUUAAAAACUUGUUUUUCGAGAUACGUGGGUAAACGCAACCCGCACUUAACUACUUUAAUAUUUUUCUCACUCCAGUCGUCGUUCUUUAAUGCGCUGGCUCGAUUUAAUUAGCCCGUUUAGACUUUGUCUACGACUUUAAACCACGCUGGCUCCGUUCCGUUUUAUUUAAUGUAUAACGAGUUCCGUCGACGGCCCCGGGAUCGGGCGAAAAGACCGACGUUGCCUAUGCGCCACGGUGCGGAAGAAAUUGACAUUAAUGCCGGCUGGGGAUCUACGACGUUGACCGAGGGAACCGGUUACGUUCGAACGCCCGUGAUAACUUUACUCGGGGGUCUUCGGCCACGACAAAAUCCCACGCUUUCCGUCCGAAGACGGCGCGAUUUUCGCAUUCUUAAUUCCCACGGAAACCGCUAACCUCACACAGACGUUAGCCUGCGUUUUUAGCGCUUAAGAAGCGAUCUCUCCGCUUUUAACGUAAUAGUGUGGCCGUAUUGUUAAAGCCGCCAGAACACGCGACCGUUUCUAUUAUCCGAAAACCAGCGGGAAGAGAUUUUACGCCCGUUUUUCUUUCCGUAAUUUCGAGAAAUUACUUAAAAUCCAACGCCGACGCCAAAAUAUUCCGUUUAUAAAUACGGGAGGAAGCGGUCUAGUUUAUUUUUCCGCGGGGGAGAGAAGCCGUUAGCGGCGCGGGUUCUUCCGACGACGACUAUUUAUAGUCGGUCCCGGGCUCUAUUUUUAAGCCGGAGAGGCAGUAUGGCCGCCGAGGUGCGUAGUCGACGAGCGGUCUCGGGGCCGACCGUCGAAGGAAUCUUCUUCUUUCUGCUUCUUGUGCAGUCGGCGGCCGGCCGGGUGAGCUACUCGGGGGACGAAGAGGUAGAGCCGGGGAGGCCUUUCAGAAUCAGAUGCGAGAUGGCCGACGACGGAGAGGAGCCGUACUGGACCAGGGACGACCACGAUCUGCGGGACGAGGACGAAUACGUCACGGUGGAGGACCGUCGAGGGGAGAAGACGGUGGCCGAAGUGUCGGUGCGCUCCGCCCAGAAGAAGCACGCCGGAAAGUACCGCUGUCACCCCUUCAGCCGCCACUUCCAUCUCCUGCGAGUGCGGGACGACCGAGCCACGGAAGAAAGCAAGAAAUUCGAGUAUUUACUGGCUGUCAAUCAAACUCUGGAACUGUUCUGCGAUUUAGGAGAGAAAACCGACCGAGUGCGAGUCCGAUGGUACAAAGACGAGAAGAGGAUAGAAGACGGGCGGGUGAAGAUAGAGGACAAGCGUCUGACAGUGGAGAAUGCCGACCAAGGAGACGGGGGGGAGUACAGCUGCGAGGUGGAGUCGGACGAAGAUCGUCAGAAGGUGACGUACGUGGGAAAAGUCUUCCCCGUUUACUCCGCUCCGGGAAUCCGUCCUUUUCCUCCCACCCUGAGUUUCCUCAACGGAUCCGACUUGGUGUUGGAGUGCCACGUGUUCGGAGGUUAUCCGGAACCCAAGAUCAGGUGGCUGGUGGGAAACGAAGCGGCGGAGAGGAGACCCGACUACGACGAUCGUCUCCUGGUCAUGCCCGGUGGGCCGGGCCCCAACGCCGUCUUGUACGUGGACCGGGUGGACUACUCGGACCGAAACCGAUACACCUGCGUGGCCGAAAAUGCGGUGGGACGAGCGGAGGCUUCCGUCUGGGUGACGGUCAGAGCCAGCUAAUUCCUAUGGUGACCGACGGGUGGCGCCGGCGGCGGUGACGUCAUCGAGGAGAAGGUUCGGGAAUCGGGAGAAGAGGCGAUGAGGAGAAGGGAAGAAGAUGACUCUCGUCGCACGUCAUCGGUUCGAAUCGGUCGUCGUCCUCCUCCUUCUGGCCCUGGGCCUCGGCGGUGAGUCUUUCUUUUUUCUUCGGCCACCGCCGGUAGGGACCGGCGGGUUUCGGGGAUGGGGAUCCUUUCUCGGCGGUGGAGGCUGGGGCCGUUCCCGGCACGGUUUCUCUAAAGGGGGAUUUCCGGUU